AUGCCGACCAUUGUGCUCCUGGAUGUCUCCCUGUCAAUGACCCGGCCGGUGCCUGGGCCGCCAGGGCCGCCAGGGCCAGGCCAGGAAUCUCAGGAAUCGGCUGAAACGUUCUCGAGACUGCAGCUGGCUAUCCACGGGAUCAAUACCCUCCUUGACUACUUCAACUUGUAUACAAAGCUGGAAUUCGUAUCUCUUAUGACGUACUCUUCGAUCUGUGAAGAGCUUUGUCCAUUUACGAGAGACUUUGAUUCAAUAAAACAGAAGCUUCAGUCUGUUGAGGACCAGGACAAGACCUCUAUUGAGCCUGCACUGCAUGCAGUGAAUCGACUAGUUCUGAAAGAAUGGGGUAGCACAACACCGUGUCAUGUGAUAAUAGUAUCUGAUGGGAGUUGCGGAGUCACAGAUUCAUCUCUCAAACAUCUUAUUGAUCGGAAUACAAGUCUUCAUCGUCCUCCGUUACCGUUUGCUUUUCCUGGAAAGCUCAGUGCUCUUAUCAUAGCAAAUCCUAGUGAGCCACAACUUACACACAACUUACAAUUAUUCAAGAGGCUCACUGACUUAGCGGGUGGAGAUGGAGCUAUUCACACACCUGAAGGUGCCUUGUCGAUUUCUAGUGUCCAGACAAUGGUACGGAAAAUGGCAGAAACUGAAUUUGUAUCAUAUCAAGGCACUUUGAGGUGUGGUUGCCUUUCUUCAAAAAUUACUUUAUCACCUCAUCCAUUGCCCUAUACCCAUGUUAAAGACUUUUCCACUGAGACCUUCACAAUAAGUGAUAAUAUUGAAGUGUUGGGUUUUUUGGAUUUGUCUGACAUAGGUAGCCCUGCAGCUGUGUCAAGACAUUUAAUGUUGCCAAUGGGCUCAGGGGUCUCAAACCAUGCUAGCCAUACAGAUGCCAAAAAUGAGGAUUCUGAUGAUGAAAAUCAUGAUGAGGGAAAGGUGUCCUCAUUUUGUGUUCUUCUUCAUGGGGCUUUAAAGGUUGAAAACAUGGCUGCUCUCUGUGAAGUAGCCGAUAGAUGGUUUGGAAUUCUGUACUCAUGGGCUGAUAACAAGAAAAAAUCAAACCUCAUGCUUACAGUUCUUGAACCAGGAACAGACCCAAUACCUUGGCUGGGAGAUUUGGAACUGUUGGGCACAGUAGAUGAGGGUCAUGAUGAUGCGUCGCCUUUACCCUCUUUUCCUGUUAGGCCUGCUGAGAAGAGGAGUUAUAGUCAAAGCACUGUUGCUUGGAUUCGGCAAGCUGGUUUGCAUUCUGAUAUUCAGAAAAUACUUAGAAGUGCAAGAAAGUUACCUGAUAAGACACAACAUUUUUAUAAGGAACUGAAUCGUGUUCGUAAAGCUGCUGUACAAGUUGGAUUUUUGGAACUUCUUGAUGGAUUGUCUAAAAUAUUUGAGAAGGAAUGCACUGCUUUGCCUGACAAAGCUCAUCCAGACUGUGCGUUGCAGCUUACCCACUGUGCAAGUGUGUUAAGAGAACGGGAGGCCCGUGAACUUAAGUUUACCAUCACUCCGUUGCGGACUUCUUUUACUAGCAAUGAUUGAUCAGACGAACCGGUAGAUUC